AUGGGUGAGACAUCAUUACACUCGGAACUAGAAACGUUAAAAUGGGCAAUGGAGAUCAUGAUUCAGCAUUCAACCUGUCAAAGAUUUGGGACAGAUUGCAAGAAUUUGAUUACAUUGAUAAAGGACCCCCAAGCUUGGCCAAACUUCUCAACGAAACUCGAGGUCAUUCAAAUUCUUCAGAUGUGCUAUCCGGACUUCAAGAUCAGCUACGUGCCUAGAACGCAGAAUGAAAUUGUUGAUUCUCUAGCUAGGAAUGCUCAGUUGAUAAAAACUAGCAAACACAAACACACAAAAAUAUCAAAUAUGAUCAAGAUAAUAAUGGUGAUGACUUUGGUAGUAAUGGGUGUGAGAGCAAAAACUAUGACCGAGUGUCAGGAAACUGUCUGCAAGUCCUUAUGUCAAAACAUAAAAACUAUACCUUGCACGAGUUGUGUCUUCAGAUGUGCUUUUCCUUCAUCCUUUCAGCAUUCCGACACAAGUGUCAAUGAAGUAGACCAACGAGUCAUAUGUUACCGGAAUUGCGUUGUGGGUUGUGGAACUGACAAUGCGUGUCAUGAACGUUGUAAGAAAAGUUGUGGUUACCCACCCUUGGUGAAUCAAGUAGACCAACGGGUCAUAUGUUACCGGAAUUGCGAUGUCGGCUGUGAGACUAAUAAUGCAUGCCAUGAACGUUGUAAGAAAACUUGUGGUUACCCACCCUUGUCGAAUGAAGUAGACCAACGGAUCAUAUGUUACCGGAAUUGCGAUGUCGGUUGUGGCACCGACAUUGCGUGCCAUGAACGCUGUAAAAAAAGUUGCGCUUAUCCACCCUUGUUGAAUGUCCAUCUAUGACGUGCUGAGAUUCAAGAGUGCUAAAAAGUUGUGGAAUUGUUGAAAUAUAACUAAUGGGUUUUAAUAGCAUACCAGAAUAGCGUUUUUUACGAUUAUGCUAUGUUUUUGAUACCCGUGUUUUAAACAUAGCAUUUGCCUUUUACGAGACGCUAUGUUCGAAUGUCGACUUAAAAAAAUUAAAAUAAGCGUACGGUUUUGAAGGAGAUGCUUAUAUAUUAUAGCAAAGAAACAUAAAAACUGUUAUCUUUAGUUAGCGCAGUAAUGCCCGCGACACUUAGAAAAUUUUUGGCUCCUAAAAUUAAUUAAGCUCCAAAAAAAAAAAAAUAGAAACCCCCAAAAAUUAGGGUUCUCCCAUCUCUCGUUUGUGUCUCCCCCAUUUCCUCCAUUCAAUCGAUAAUCUGGAACCAAAACCUCUCAUUUCUCUGAAUCUAGCUCACAUCAAAUCUCACUCUCAAUUAUCAAGCUCUUUACUUAUCUCAUCCAGAAUCGGCAAAAUCACGUCCCCUCUGAUCGAAAUCCAUCUCCAAUCUGUCGAAGGUGAACUCGGGUUUUCUCACAUUGUCUCCAAUUCUGAUUGUUAACCGUUAAUCUCUUCCGUAGUAGUGAUUUAAUUGCAUGUUUAAUUGAUUUGUUUUUGUGCUCUCUGUUGCAGGGAGAUUUCGUUCCAGAGUUUUCGAUUAAGGUAUCGUUUUUGUGCUCUUUAGGUUUCUCGAUGAAGAUUAUAAUUUGCUGGGUUUAUUAACACCGUUGUCUUCUUUUGUAGCUAGGUCAAAUCAAAGUUCAAAAAAUCUAUCAGGUAAAAUUAGUAACAAAACAAUUCCAUUUAAGGACUCUCGUUCUGUUUUGUUCUUUGUGGGUUGAUAAAGUUAAUCACUUGUAUGUAAACUUGGUUUGGAGCUGAAACAUGGACAAAUCUUGGGUUUGGUUACCAAGGUAUUAACUUCACUUCACACUCUUUUAAUUUCUCGUUUAUGUAUAUCUCAUUAUGCUAAACUGUUUAUCUCUCACUUGUGGUAACUCGACAGGAAUAGACUUGAGUAUGAGAAAGGAGCCAGUGACUUUGUGUCUUCUUCAUCGAGCCGUUUAGGUGUUCCAGCUGAAAUGUUCUGCCCUUGUGUUGAUUGCCGCAAUGUCUGCCAUCAGUCUAGUGAUACAGUUUUCGAGCAUCUUGUGAUUAGAGGGAUGGAUCCGAAGUACAAGAUUUGUAAAUUCUGGUCUAAACACGGAGAUAUAAGGCCUGAUAAGCCAUGUGAUAUCAACUCGUCUGAGAAUGAGGCGUAUGAGUUGUUUAGAACAGCUUUCAUGGCAAGUGAAGACCAUCAGUCAGCUCAGCAGGAGAGUGCAGAGGCGUUUGCGGGUAUUGACAGACCAGAAGAAGCUGAGUUCAGAAAAAAAAUUGGAGGAUGCAGAAACUCCGUUGUACUCUCAGUGUGCUAAACACACGAAUGUUGCUGCGAUCAUGGGACUCUACAGGAUUAAGGUCAAAAGUGGGAUGUCUGAGAGCUAUUUUGAUCAGUUAUUGGUGUUAAUUCAUGACAUGCUUCCGAAGGAGAAUGUGCUACCUAAGUCUACAGAUGAGGUUAAGAAAUUUCUGAAACAGUUUGGGUUUGGGUAUGAUGUCAUCCACGCCUGCAAGAACGACUGUAUCUUGUACAGGAAGAAGUAUGAGGAUUCGGUCAGCUGUCCAAGAUGCAGUGAAUCAAGAUGGGAGAAGGAUAAGCAUACUUGUGAAGAGAAGGAAGAUGUACCACAGCUUUGUCUUCAAAAGUCAGAGCUACCAAAAACAAGGCUCAACUACAGAUAAUUAAGCCCAGCAACAUACAAUCUGCGACUGCGUGGAACAAUUGGGUUAAAGGAAGAUGUACCACAACUUUUAAGGUAAUAUAAAAUGUGGAUUGAUUAGAGUCUGUGUAUAUUAAUAUUAAUUGACUGAAAUUGUAAUGUGCUUGUUUAGGAACAAAGUGAUAAAUACAGGGAACUCAGGAAGGGACAAAUUCCUCAUACCACUAGCCGUAAAGGGAUGAUUCGACUUGCAGAUGAGAUGGUAUGUUUGUAUUUUCCAAACCUUUGGAAUUAGAAAUAAUUUCAAUUGCUGACAACAAAUUCAUAUAAAUUGUAGAGGAAAAACAGUAGUGAUCCUAGAAAGGUAACUAGAACAAAGGUUUGGGUCGCUGGUCACACGCAUUCUGAUGGAAGACCUGUGAGUCAAGAAUUUGCAGAAACAAUAGUAAGAUGAUUUUAUUUCGUAGAUUUAAAUUUACUUGCAAGUUUGUUAGUAUGAGGACAUUUUACAACAGUCGUUAUAUAUGUUAAUGCAGGAGAAGAUUAAGAGAAUUGACAGUGAAAUGGGGUCAAGUUCAGAUAAUGUCGGUGAAGAUGCUGUCACUCAGGUGCUAGGAAAGGAUGAACCAGGAAGAAUUAGGGGGAUGGGGAGAGGGGUUACUGCAACCAAGUUGGCAUUCUUACAUGCUAGAGACUCCCAUGUUCAGAAGCUUCAAGAUACGCAAGCAGAACUAAUCAACAAGAUUGAAGAUUUGCAAAAUGUGGUCAAAGACUUAGCCGGCCAAAAGGUAAGUUCCUUACAAUAGAUUUUUGACUAUAUAGCCUUUUAAGUGCUAUCUGGUUUAAAGAAUCUUUUUUAUUUCUGUCUGUGUUAGAAAAAAAACGAUUAUCGUUCUAGCUAUGAAGUAAGUGAUAUUAGCAAGGGAGGAAUAAGGUGCCAACUCCUUGAUUGGGUUUCGAAUGAUGAUGUCGUUGUUGCUGAAGGAGAAUACCACUCUAGUGAACCCUAUUAUAAGAUUGGUCGAAUUCCAUUGGGUUCAAAUGUGGCUGCUGUAGUAGUGAAGUCUGUCUCAGUAGAAACAACAUCUAUAUGGAGACCUACAGCAACUUGUGCUAGGCUUUCUCAGGCGGUUGGAGUGAAAAUUGCAUGGCCAGCUUAUAAGAUAAUCCUGGACGAUGAUAUUGACUUAUCAAGCAAUGGUAACAUCAACGGAUCAGAGGUAAUUAUAUAUUGUUAAGAUAUUCCCUAAUAUACAUUGAAUACAUGACUACUGAAAUUUAUAUUUUUUUAAUGAUUCAUCCUACGGAUGCGUCUUUUGGAAAAGUUCAAAUCUUUGACUACUGGAAAUCAGAAGAAGAAUUAAUUGCUGAGGGUGUAUUGUUGUCGACUGAUCCUGUUGAACUAGUGAACCAAGUACCGCUAGGACCGAAUGCUGCAAUUCUUAGAGUGGAUUUGGUUGUGAAAUCUGAUGCUUUUAUUUGGAGACCUACUCGUGAAAUGACCAAGAUGGGUGAUGCCCUACAUGGGAAAAUUGCAUGGCCUAUUGAUAAGAUACUACUACCUGAUGAAGAUUCACCAAAAGAAUCAAACAAGAAUUCCAUUCAGGUAUGUUUCUGAAACAUCUUAUUUAUUACUUAACUAAAGUAGUGUGAUUCUUGUUGAUUCAACGAUGAUUGUGUUGAUUGUCUUUGUUACUAUCUUUCGUUGUAGAGUGGUAGUAACAGCAGUGGCUGUAGCAGCAAAGGUGGUAAACAGAAGUGCGCUCUCUUGGACUGUAAUAACUCUGGACACAGAGUGGCUUUAGGUCGUGUAUUCUCAACUGAUCCAGCAGAGAAGGUGCAUUUCGUCCCUUUAGGUCCCAAUGCUUCUAAGGUUUGGGUAGAGGUUUCCGAGUACGAUGGGGCACGAGUGUGGAGGCCAAACUCAGAAAUUGAAUACAUUGGUGAUGCAGUUGGAAGCACAGUGGCUUGGCCAAAUGACAAACUUGUUUU